AAGCAAGUUUUGACAAGCAAACGUUUACGUAGUAAUGGCGGCCGGACCAAUUGCCGAAAGAAACCAAGAUGCAACAAUUUAUGUUGGCGGAUUGGAUGACAAGGUUUCCGAAACACUCCUUUGGGAGAUGUUUGUACAGGCCGGUCCAGUGGUCAAUGUUCAUAUGCCCAAGGAUCGAGUGACACAAAUGCAUCAGGGAUAUGGAUUUGUUGAAUUUCUUGGCGAGGAGGAUGCGGAUUAUGCCAUUAAAAUCAUGAAUAUGAUUAAGCUGUACGGAAAACCAAUCCGCGUUAACAAAGCAUCUGCCCAUCAGAAAAAUCUGGAUGUCGGUGCGAAUAUAUUCAUCGGCAACUUGGAUCCUGAAGUAGACGAGAAAUUGCUGUAUGAUACCUUUUCUGCGUUUGGAGUCAUUUUACAGACACCCAAGAUUAUGCGAGAUCCGGAAACAGGCAAUUCUAAAGGAUUUGCUUUUAUAAAUUUCGCUAGUUUUGAAGCAUCUGACGCAGCAAUGGACGCUAUGAAUGGUCAAUACCUUUGCAAUCGUCCCAUUUCAGUAUCGUAUGCAUUCAAAAAGGAUUCGAAAGGAGAACGGCACGGAUCUGCCGCGGAACGUCUACUUGCGGCACAGAAUCCACUUUCCCAUGCCGAUCGUCCUCAUCAACUGUUUGCAGAUGCUCCCGUUCCUCCUCCGAUCAUACCAAUGAUGCCAACGCAUCCAAUGAUGCCCCCACCCUUAAUGGCUCCACCUCCUCCUCCAACGCCUUCUGCGGUACCUCCUCCACCACAAGUCCCACCAGCACCACAUUUCAGUGCAGGUGCGAUUCCUCCGCCUCCGUUGCCUCCUCCUAUUGGACAACCUCCAUUGCCACCUUCGUCUCCAAUGGGAAUACCGGCUCCGCCACGGAUGAUUCCACCACCACCGUGGCAACAGCCAGCUCCUCCGCCACCAACGCCUCCACCGGGUGCACCAAGGCCACCACCACCAACCUGGCGUCCACCACAGCCUCCCCUGCCACCGCAGAUGCCACCAGGUGCAUUCCCGGGGCAACCGAGGCUACCUCCGCCACCACCAACUACAAACUUCAGUGCGGAUACCUUCAAUUUCUAGAAAAUUACUUUCUUUUUACUUUGUCACAAUAUUUGCAGAUUACAAUAAAAUAAUUGUGCACAAGUUU